AUAUAUAAAUUUAAGGCUUUGUUAUAACAACGCUUGGAAAAGUCCUACGUCGUUUUUUGAGCGAAGAAUAACCAACUGAAUCAAUGACAAUCCCUCCAGGACUGAGUUUCCUCUUUCGCCUCGUCCUCCCUCGAAUCUUGUCCUCGAUUGCAGUAUUUGGGGCUCUAACUGUCCUUAGCGGACAGCGACCUGCAUUUUCCGCUUACUCUACGUGGAUCUAUCUCAUCUGCGCGAUCUUCGUCCACCCAGUGCUCUUUUUAGUUCAGACACACACCUUGUAACGUAGAUAUAAUUGAUAAUCAACUGGCAAUACCAGUUUUUUAGGUUUUUUGAUUUCACUGGCUAUAUAACUAACACACUGCAAUGUGAAGGCGCGCUCCGGUUGGGGCUAG